AUUGUUUGAUCACUUCGGGUUCUUUGCGGUAGUAAAAGUUUCCGAGACAAAGCCAAAGGUUUUAGGUAAGUCCAUCGUGGCACGGGUUUAAUUAGAUGUGUGGUUCCUUUUGCGCUUGCCCAAACGGUCACACCGAAAAACGUAAGAGCUAUAUAAAACGUUGUUAAGAAUUACUCAUCAUAAGUUGUCAAGUAUUAAUAGUUCUUCAGAAGUGCAGCAUCAUUUCCCGCCAUAUGUCGACGAGAGAAGAGACGUAGUUGUUAACAAUCAAUUUGUGGCAAUCACUGUGCAGGCAACUUGAUGCCCAUGUGUAUUUGUUAGUAAAACACGAUACGAAAGUGAAACUACCAAGGACGUGGAUGCAGACGGAACCAAUUUGAGGAAAGUCUCGUUCUUAAAUUGUAUUGGGAAUUCCUUUAACCAUAAAUUUUUUGAAUUUCUCAAACGUAAGGAGACCUAAUGACGCCGUAAAUAUACAGAUCUAUGGAAAACGGAAUCAAGUUCUUGCAUAUCGCUGUCAUUGUGAAUUCACUGGGUGAGAUAGAAUACGAGCUAUAUGAAGAACUGUAGAAACUUACUCACUAGGCCAUGAUAUAUUUUGGAAAAAAAAAACAAUUAUAAAGGAUUAACAUGUGUCCGUAAUGUUGAUAUCUUACAAUGCAGGUAUUCUGGCUGCAAAAUCUUGCUACUUCCUUAAAAAAACAUUCACUAGUGACUGGGACUUUAAUAGACUUCAGGAUGGGUUGAACCAAAUCAGUUCCUCCACACCCUACAGAACCACAUUAAGCAGCGUAUACUGCAGUUAUGACGAGGUUUGUUGUGGCCAAUCAUGCUGUCCCGAUCCGUCUGUCACCCCCCAGUAUUAUUAUGACACAUACAACUACCAGUAUUACUCCAGUGAUGAUGAUUCCGACAUGUCAUUUUUUUGGUUGGUGGGAUUGGUAUUUGUUAUCGGUUUAAUCGGUACUGGUUUAUGCUUGCUCGUGUCAUAUGUAAUGAAACAAGGAAACCAACAAAAUAUGACUGUCAGAAACGUGCAUCCUGUUGUUGCUGACUCAUCAGAUAAUGGAGCUGUUAUUAUACGACAAGCGCCAGGUGAAAAUCCAUCCCCGUCAUCAACACGAGGGAAUACACCACCUUCUUAUGAAAGUGAAAAUAUCUCACAAAAUUCAGAACCCCCACCAUCGUAUGAAUACGUCAUGUCCCAUAAUUAUCUGCCUUAUACUGGCAAUAAAAGUGAUUCUGCUUAAACCAGAGAAAUGAAUAUGCUUCCAUAGAAAUUAACUCAUUGCAAAUGUGUUUUGUGUGAUAGCGUAUAGAAGUGUCUUGCAACCUAUUGUAACGUGCAAGGACGUUACUGUGUGUACCCUAGCGAGCCCUUACCCGAGAUAAAAUCGGAAAGCCCUAGUUGAUCAGUAUGUAUAAAUGCAGGCGUAGUCAUUGCGUCUGCACUUUUUUAGGGACUCUACGUUUCGCAGGCAGUAGUAAUUGCUUAUUUGUGCAACAGUUCAGGUACCAACGUUAACGCAAUCAGAGAUGUCCGCAAACUUGCGACAAUUACGCAAGCAGGGAGUGCCAGAAAGGAAAAAAAAUCAUCUGGGUGACCACACAAAAGCGUUCCGCUGCAACCACCACAAAUACAAGCAGAGAUGGUAGCACACUCGUUAUAAUGCAACACUGAGCAAGGAUGACUGCACACCGAGUAUCGUAGGUUAAAACAUGGGGAUAAGAAAGAUCAGGGAUGAGCUCACGCUAUAUCAGACAGUAAACCCAACUUUUGCAAACCUUCUUUUAAUUAAGCUUAAUUGAUAUGGUAGAAAUAUGAAAAAUAAUAUGUCAGUAAUGAUGAAUUAUAUAAAAACUUUUUAGUUAAUGUAAAAAAAAUCUCUAAAUAAUUAAUUCAGUAAUAUCUAAAGUUCAGAGAUAUGCCAUUAAAUGUCACAAUCGAUGUUGGGGCAGU